GCGAUGCAGCUGCCGCCCGCGCUGCGCGCCCGCCUGGCCGGGGCCCCCGGGGCGGCCGAGCCGCUGCCCGUGGAGCGGGUCCCCGCGGCCGGGGCCGCGCCCUUCGGCUUCGCGGCGCGCCUGGUGCGCUUCCCGCGGGAGCACGCGUUCUUCGAGGAUGGGGACGUUCAGCGGCACCUGUACCUCCAGGACAUGCUCACGCAGGUGGCCGGGGCGCCGGAGAGACCCAGGGUUCCCGCGUUCACCUGCCAGGUGGCGGGCUGCUGCCAGGUGUUCGACGCUCUGCAGGACUACGAGCACCACUAUCACUCGCUGCACGGGAGCGUCUGCUCCUUCUGCAAGCGCGCCUUUCCCUCCGGGCACCUGCUGGACACCCACCUUCUGGAGUGGCACGACUCGCUGUUCCAGGUCCUGUCUGAAAGGCAGGCCAUGUAUCAGUGUUUGGUGGAAGGCUGCACGGAGAAGUUCAAGAGCAGCAGAGACAGGAAGGAGCACCUGGUGAGCCAGCACCUGUACCCCACGGACUUCCGCUUUGACAAGCCCCGGAAGAACAAGGGCCCAGUCUCGGCCCCAUGCCAGCAGAAGCCUCGCCGGGGCUGGGGAGCCCCUGGAAGGAGACGCCAUGGAGGUCUGCUCGGAGCCAGCGGCAGCCCCCCCAGGGCCUGCGGGCCGCAGGAUCCCCGCCGCCAUCUGCUUUGGCCAGGGGGCCUCGAGGGGCUUCAGAAGCAGCAGGACGAGAAGCCGACGGCAGUGACGCCGCGGGAGGCCGCGGCGGGCGGGGUGUUCGCGGCCCUGACUCGGCGCCGCGGCCAGGGCCCCGUGGGCCGAGCGGCGCCAGCGCACGUGCAGCACCGCGUGUCUCGAGCUCAGGAAACAAGUGCCGGGGAGCGGCUGAAGCCAGCGCAGUCCCUCCGCGACGCCCGGGGGCGCCCUCAGCGCGGCACCGGGUCUGACCCAACCGACCGGCUCCCGGCGACGCCGGGCUGCGGCUCUCGGGUGGGCAGUUUCCCGCGGCCGCGGCCGCAGGCCUGGGUCUGGCAUCGCCCCGCCGCCAUCUCGGGGGACGGGCUCCCGGGGGCGGGUGUCGCGCGUGGUCUCGGCGGGGCCUCCGCGUCCCGCGGGCCUGUCCCGGCAGCCGGCGCAGCCCCCCCCGCCCGCGCAGCCUUCGGCCCCCGGGAAGGGCGCCCCGCCGGCCCUCCGAGACCCGCGCGGGAGGGGGGGCGCUGGCGCCGGUGUUGGGGUCCCCCGCCCGAGGGAGCCCGUGGGCCGCGGCCUCUUCCCGCGCGGACCGGGCGCCGUCGGACGUCCUGCCCGGAGCGCCGCGCUGGCCGGCGCUUUGCUUUAAAGCCCGCCGCGGCCUGCGGGGCCGCCGGGGGCCGCGUGCAGCCUCUGCGGGGCCGGGCUCGGCUGCGCGUCCCGGGGAGGCCGGUCAGCCCGAGCCGGCGGGGAACCGCGGACGCCGCGGGGAGCCGGUGA